GGGAACCCCGCCACGCGAUUGGAUAACGGGGCUUUACCGCCUCCGCACAUAUAUAAGGCGCGUGGCAAAAAAGGCGUGAGGUAAAUCUGAACAGCUGAGAAGAGAAACGUGCAGGAGAGGAGAGGGCAAAACAACAGCACAUGGAGGAUCGCAGAGUUGACCCCUCUUCCACACUGAGCCCACAGAGAGGUGCACAGGUGGAGAGACUAUAUCCCUCACUACCCACCACCAGCAGAUUGGAGGCGUGCGUACUGAACCGCUCCGCUCCAAGCAACAACAUGAACUCCACUUUUACCCACGAUCCGGACAAUGUUGUGGAAAACACUCAGAACGAGGAACGUGCAGUCCAAAUGAAAGAACAGAUCCGUGUUUUGGAAAUGCAAAAACAAGAACUACUUUCCAUAAACGAGAGAUGGGCGAAGGAGUACAGAACCAUGGUGCAGUAUUACAAAGAUAAGCUCCGUAACCUCAAGGCAUCACUACCUCUCGAGAAGCGCCCAGACCAGAGUGCAGACGUUCAUCCACAUGUUUGUAAACUCAACGUUGUCAAGGAUCGAACAGCAGCAACAGGAAGUGGUGAUGGUCUGUUGAAAGCCCAGAGUGAAGCAAGACAGCUACAGGAGCAGAACCGCGCACUGGCCAGAAGGGGGCAGCACCAGAACGCAGAGAUUACAAGGCUAAACAAGGCUUUGGAGGAAGUACUCGUGACAAGAUCGUCCCAGGAAGUGAGCACUGAAACACUACAAGAGUUAUGGAAACACCAGGCUGACAUCUAUAAAGAAGAUUUCCUGACAGAGAGGAAGGACAGAGAAGCACUCAAACACAAGUACUUAGAACUGGAGAAAAAGUACAAGAAGGUCCGCAAUGAACUGUACGUCAUCAAAAGUCAGGUCACGUGGACUCCAACGCCACAGCCACAGUAUGAAUGUACCUGCACACAGCCAGGUCCUGAAGAGAAGAAGCAAUCUACCUCCAACAAACUGCAAAGACGCUACACUUUUAAAGACAAUCUAUAAAAAAAAAAAAACAUCUUCUCCUCACAAACAGAAAUAUAUUUAAACUGUGAAGACUGUGCAACACACUAUUCAAAAUACAUUAUCUUCAGACCAUGAAGUAUAGGUGCUUAAGGGGCACUAUUACCCUUUCUCUGAUCUAUGUUAUAAUGUUGUUUCCUCAUCACAGACAUACUCAGUUUGGUUCAUUCUCACAUAUAACACAUCUUGCAUAUAUAGACUGAGUUCUGCUCCACUGUGUUUUUAAACUCUAUACACUUUCACUAGAAUCAUUUAAAUAAUGUCAGCCCUGAAAUUGCAAAUCUCUACUGAAUAAAAGGUAGAAACAGAGCAUUUAGAGAGAUUAGACUAAUAAUCCAGGAUUACCCAAAUGAAUAAAACAAAACACAACUCUAGGUAUGUUUUUACGAGGUUACAGCAUUAUAACAUGUCGUAAAAUUCAAAAGAGUAAAUUUUAUAUAAUAUGGGAACUUUAACCGAAUCUGUACUUCUGAAUUAUAAAAGGUCAGCAUCAUCUAGUACCAAGUUCACAUUGUUCAGUAAAGGUCAACUUUACCAUGAAGCAUUACGUAUCUGCUCCCUGCUAAAAUAAUGGCAUAAGUCAUUUGGAAUGUUCCACAGUGGGACAUUUUUGCAAGUUUUUUGCAUGAAUCAGAGCUCUGUGAGCCAAUCCACGUCUGGUACAACCACUGACACAAAUGUUAGUUUUAUCUUUUUAUCACAUGCUGUAAAGUUUUCAGUUAGUAGUUUUUUUGUGUUUUCUGAAAAAUUUUAUAAAAAGACAGACUGUUAUUUUACGUCGGCAUCAACACUUUAUUUAUACUGUCUUUAGAUUUAGUUUUUUGUGUAUGUAAGAUUUGUAUUUAAAAUUUCAUAAACUUGACUUUAUCUGUGGUAGACAUGUUGAAAUCAAAUAUAACAUUUACUGAUAA